AUGGUAAACAUACCAAAACAUGACUCGGUAGAAGCAGUCUGGGCAUUCGGUGAUUCCUUCUUUGAUAGCGGGAACAAUAACUUUCUAAAUACAUUGAUCAAAGCUAACUUCCCCCCAUAUGGAAAGGAUUUUAUGGGAGGAGUAUCAUCAGGAAGAUUCACCAAUGAUAGAACUAUUAGCGACUACAUAGUUAAGAAACUAGGAGUGAAGGACUACCUUCCAGCAUAUUUAGACCCUUACAUACGAGAAAAAGAUCUUCCUACGGGUGUAUGUUUUGCUUCUGCUGGCUCUGGGUAUGAUGGCGUAACCUCCCAAAUACAAAAUGUCAUGCCAUUAUCGAUUCAACUGGAGAUGUUCAAAGAUUACAUUUUGAAGCUUAAUAGAAUUGUUGGAGAAGAAGCAGCAAAGCAUAUAAUCAAGAAUGGUGUGUAUUUGGUAUCAUCAAGCUCCAAUGAUUGGAGUAUAAGUUAUGGCCUUGUUCCAGUUAGAAGAUUGCAGUAUAAUGCGACUGAUUAUGCUAAUUUGUUGGCAAACAAUGCUAGAAUGUUUUUUGAGGAAUUAUACAAAUUGGGAGCAAGGAAGUUAAUUGUCUUCGGUACACCCUAUAUUGGUUGUUUUCCACUAAUGAGAAAUGUAUUUGGAGGAAUACGUAGAAAUUGUGUCAACAUGUUCAAUGAAGAUGCAGAAACAUUCAACAAAAUGCUAAAAAGUCAGCUCGAAUAUCUUCGAAGCAGUCUACCACAUUCCACGAUUUGCUAUGUUGAUUACUUCAAUCUCUCACGAGAAAUCAUUCAAAACCAUCUCCAAUAUGGCUUCGAAGAUGUAGACAAUGCUUGUUGUGGAACAGGGUUGUAUGAGACAUCGUAUCUUUGUAACAGACUCAGCCCAAUAUGUCCCAAUGACUCAAAAUUCUUAUUCUGGGAUAGUCUCCACUUAACAGACAAAGGCUACAAAAUCAUUGUAGAUCAUGCUCUCCCACAAUUGAUGCAAUGUUUGCACUAA